AGUAAUUAUAAUUGAAUUAUAUUAUGUUUGAAAUUGUUAUAUUGUGGAAAAAGUGUUAUGUCUAAAUUGUACAAUUUAAAUGAUUGAACAAGGUGAGUCUCUUAAUAUGGGGCUAUGCUUUCUCAUUUAAAAUUCAUGUUUUAGAGUGGGGUGUAAAACAUAAAGUUCAUGUUUUAGAUGAAGUAGGUCGAAGCUGGGCAUAUGGGAUUUGCUCUGUCUCCAUGGUUUUGGCCAUAUUGAUAUCUUUUUCCAGAAGCAAAAGAGAAAGAUACAAGAAAAGUGUGGGAAGCCCCAUUGUUCAUAUUUUCCAGGUUGUUGUCACUGCUAUAAGGAAGAGGAAGAUAGACCUCCCUUUUAAUGCUGACCUAUUGUAUGAGGAUUGUAAUGAAGUUUCAAGAAUUCAACACACAGAUCAACUCUGAUUUUUGGACAAGGUAGCCCUUGUUGCUGAAGGAGAUUUUAAUGGAGCUGCUGGUUCCACUCCCAACCCUUAGAAACUAUGUUCGGCUACCAGAGUAGAGGAAGUGAAAAUGAUGAUUGGAUUGCUGCCAACAUGGGCCACCACGUUCAUAUUUUGGACAACCUAUGAACAUAUGAGAACUUUCUCAGUUGAGCAAGCCUCCACCAUGGAAAGAUCAAUUGGGAAUUUCCAAAUUCCCACUGGCUCUCACCGUCUUCUUCGUGGCAGCAAUAAUGAUCACUCUGGCUGUCUAUAACCAGCUCAUUACGCCCCUUUGGAAGAAAUGGAAAGGAAAACCAGGUUUCACCAAUCUACAAAAGAUGGCCAUAGGCUUAGUCCUAUCAGUUUUGGGAAUGGCAGCAGCAGCACUGACAGAGGGGAAAAGGUCAUCAGUAGCAAGAACGUCCUCCACACCAACCUUACCCAUAUCUGUUUUCUGGCUGAUUCCACAUCACUUCUUGGUUGGGUCUGGUGAGGCAUUCACAUACACAGCCCAGCUUGAUUUCUUCAUCACUCAGUCUCCCAAAGGAGUGAAAACCAUGAGCACUGGCCUCUUCCUCACCACUCUGUCCUUGGGUUUCUUUGUCAGCAGUUUCUUGGUAGUGGUGGUGAAGAAGGUGACUGAAGGCAGGGACGGCCAAGGGUGGCUGGUGGACAACAUAAACCAUGGAAGGCUUUACUGUUUCUAUGGACUUCUAGCUAUAUUGGGGAUCAUCAAUUUUGCGAUAUAUCUUGUUUGUGCAGUGUGAUACAGGCCAAGAAAGCCUAAGGCUGAUCCAAAGGCUGGGAAUAUUGUCAAUGGGUCUUGUGCAGAGUAGAUGUGAUAGGAUUCUGAACUAGCUAAGUUUUUGCUUAAUAUGGACUGUUUCUAUUUGUGGUUUGUAUAUUAAGAAAUAGGUUUUUGGAUGUUUCUUAAUUUCCGUUUUCAUCAUCAACAGGGUUGAUUUUAUGUUUUUGUUUGUAAACUUAUUAGAAAAGGGUGACAGACGCUCUCGUGGUACCAUGUUUAUCAGUGUCAAAGCCACAGGUAAAAAUAUUAAUGAAGUUUGAUUGCGAAG